AUGGCAAAAGAAAACACCCUCAACGUCUACAAGGGGCCCCAUUCGCUCCGAGAUUACUUCGAUCCGGAAUCGUCACCCCCAUUGCCGCUGGUUGAGGUCCCGGACUGCCUUAACCCGUAUCGCCAAGAUGGAAUCCGCAUCUACGCCAAGAUGAUGUCCAUGCACCCUGCCAAUAACGUCAAGUCCAUGCCAGCCCUGAACCUUCUCAGUAAUAGCAUCGUCCCUGGCAAGACCGAGACGGUGGUCGAGUAUAGCUCCGGCUCGACUGUCUUGUCCAUGUCACUGAUCGCCCGCGCACUCUAUGGAUUGCCGGAUGUGCGAGCCUUUCUGAGCAAUAAAACGAGCACCGCCAAGAUUCGGCUGAUGCAGCUGUUUGGCAUCAACAUCACUUUGUUUGGAGGCCCUUCACAGCCGGAACCACUAGACGAACGAGGCGGCAUCAGGGCCGCGCAGCGGAUGGCUUUGGAGUCGGAGACUGCCAUCAACCCAAACCAAUACGAAAAUGACAAUAACUGGAAGGCGCAUGUCAAAUGGACGGGACCGCAAAUCCUGAAGCAACUGCCUGAGAUCAAUGUUAUAUGCGCAGGAAUGGGCACAUCUGGAACCAUGACUGGACUAGGCUCUUUCUUCAAGGAGGCCAAGCCUUCGGUCCUCCGUCUCGGGGUAUGCACCGCUCCGGGUGAUCGGGUCCCUGGCCCUCGCUCUUAUGCCCUCCUUGCCCCCGUCGAGUUCCCCUGGCGUGCGGCCGUCGACCACAUCGAAGAAGUGGGCUCACACGAGUCGUACUCUCUGUCCCUCGAGCUCAUUCGCAAUGGCCUCGUCUGUGGUCCAUCGUCCGGUUUCAACCUCCAGGGUCUCUACCAGCUCAUCGAGAAGCGCAAGGCUGAGGGUACUCUCGGCAAGCUGGCAGGUCCAGACGGCGAAAUCCACUGCGCAUUUCUGUGCUGCGAUCUUCCGUAUCAGUACGUCAAUGAAUACUUUGACAAGCUGGGCGAUGAGCACUUUGCGCCCAUCAACAACCAAGAACUUCUUGGUGUCGACUCGUACCGAUACGACGAGAAGUGGGAGCGUGAUGCCACGGAUGCUCUGAACGACUUUUUCGGGGUUGACCAGUCCAUGAUUGGUGACGUCCUCCGUGUCGCUCCUAGCAAUCCGGAGCUUGAAGGUCUUAUCCAGCAGAAACCUGACACUGCUGUCCUGGACCUCCGUCAGGCCGAUGACUUUACGCAAUUUCGCCUCCCUGGCUCCGUCAACAUUCCCUUUGUGCAGCCCGGAAGCGCAAGUCCGUUUUCGGACCCCAGCAUUCUCAGAAUCCUGUGGCAGCGCCUCGAGGACACGUUCAAGUCACCUUCACAAGACCUGCGGCAGCUCAUGCUCGGAAAGCGCAUCCUGGUGCUGUGCUACGACGGCGAUAGCGCCCGCGUGGCGACGAGUGUACUGCGCGCAAAGGGCUACGAGGCAGACAGCAUACGCGGCGGGUUCAAGGCCCUGGGCGAGAUGCGCGCAGAGGCGCCCGCGCAGAAAACGGGGCAGCAAGACACUGUAUGGCUGAAGUUGAGCUGUGAGUCCGCGCCGUCGCAGCCAAGUCAUGUUGCCGUCGCCGUCAAGGCUGUUGAGUCGGCGUCUGGCUGA